AUUCGGUUCUAAAUUUGGUUUUCGGCAAUGGCUCCAAAACGGGUGAAUGGUACUAACACCGCCGUGAUAGAAGGCGGCGGAGGGAAGAUGACGGCGACGAUGAGGAAAGAAGUGCAUUUUAGAGGUGUGAGGAAACGUCCAUGGGGGAGAUACGCGGCGGAGAUCCGUGACCCGGGAAAGAAAACCCGGGUUUGGCUCGGAACAUUCGACACGGCGGAGGAAGCUGCUAGAGCUUACGACACCGCCGCGAGAGAGUUUCGUGGCUCUAAAGCAAAGACUAAUUUCCCUCUUCCCGGCGAGACUUCUGCCGUUAGCGACGGUGACGGAGGGAACGAUUCUUACGUCAACCGUUCGGCGGUUACGGCGGCGCGUGAGAUGACGCGUCAGAGAUUUCCUUUUGCAUGUCACCGGGAGCGUAAAGUCGUCGGCGGUUAUGCUGCUUCCGGUUUUUUCUUCGAUCCGUCAAGAGCUGCUGGGUUAAGAGCGGAGCUUUCUCGGGUUUAUCCGGUUCGGUUUGAUCCGGUUAAUAUCGAGUUGAGUAUUGGUAUUCGAGAAACCGUAAAAGUUGAACCGAGAAGAGAACUAAACCUGGAUCUUAACCUAGCUCCACCGGUGGUGGACGUUUAGAAUUUUUUUUUCUUUUUUCUUAAUUUGUUGUUUACAUUGCCGGAUAAAUAUUUAAUGUUUUU